AUGGCGCCUAGCCCGUUAACCCGACUGAUAGUACUCCAACAACAACGCCAUGAUGAAAUUAAACGCAUCGGCGAUCACAUACGUCAUCGUGCGGCUAACACGCUUAGCAAAACGAUCGUACAAACGCGCAUUAAUAUGAUCAACGACCUGUGGGCUGAUGUGCGUAAGACACACACCGAUAUUGCACUGCGAGCAGAGGCGUUUGAAAACGCUUAUAUUACUGAAAAUAAGUACGCUGCCUUGCAAGAUAUCUAUGAGAAUACCCUUGACGUAUUGUUAACCGCACUACCGCAGUCUCCGAGUUAUGAGGAACGCAAUCCUCGACGACGCGAACGUGAAGGCGACGAUCAUGACGAUUGUUCAGCAAAACUUCCUAGGUUAGAUCUACCUACCUUCUCGGGCAAGCAUGAAGAUUGGGAUAGCUUCGCGGACAUUUUUACCACCCUCGUACACAACGCGCCGCGCAUUGCUGAUACUACUAAGCUGCAAUACCUGAAGUCUUGCUUGAAAGGCUCUGCAGCCGAGUUAGUGAAGGACGUCACUAUCUUAGGUAUAAAUUAUGAUACGACAUGGAAAGCUUUGAAAAAUCGAUUUCAUAAUCCGCGCUUGACAAUUAAUAACUUGCUUGACGCCUUUAUUAACUUGCCGCAUCUUAAGAAAGAGUCAGCCUCUGAUUUGCGUAGUUUUAUCGACAACGCACAACGGAUUGUGCGUGCGCUUAAAAAUCUAAGAGCUCCGGUAGUCCAUUGGGAUUUAUGGCUGGUCCAUUUGUUGGAAGUCCGUCUUGAUACCGAGUUCCGAAAACACUGGGAAGCUGAGUGGAGUGCGAAAGAUCAAUCAUCCUUAGCCAACAUAGAAGACGAUGACGAUGAUUAUCUCGUUCGCAUGCCAAAGUUCGUCGACUUGGCUGCGUUUCUAGAGAGACGCGCACAGUCUUUGAUAGUCAUCCAAGCUGAUAAGGAGGACAAACGUCCGAACCCUCCUAUCAGUACUCUCUCAAGCUCGCGUAAAGUUCAUCACGCACAAUCGUCGCAGCCAGCCAGGACUUUGAAAUGUGGAUUUUGCGAAGGAAAUCAUUUUACUUCAAAAUGUUCCGCCUUCCUUGCAAAAACUCCAGAAGAACGCAAAAAGGCAGUGCGCGAAGCUAAGCUGUGCUUCAACUGCCUCGGCCGUCAUAAGCGUUCCGCGUGCCCAUCAAAGUAUAGGUGUAGAGACUGCACAACCGAAGAACGUCAUCAUACUUUACUUCACUCCGCUUUUUCCACUGAAAGGUCAAGCGCUUUAGCAGCUACACAAAAAUUUAGAGCGAAUGUUGGGCGCACGGCGGGCGGCCCCGGACUCAGUAUUAACGCUUGCAACUCGGCUGCAAGUCAGCAAUCCAUCUUACUCGCCACGGCCCAAGUUACGGUUAUAGGCCCGUUUGGAAGACAGACUUGUGCUCGGGUCUUGCUUGAUCAAGGGUCAGAAGCCACGUUUGUCUCUGAGUCACUCGUCCAACUCCUCCAGCUCAAACGAGAUCGUGUGACAACUAGCCUAAUGGAAAUAGGAGGCUGUACUGCUGGCGCCGUCAAACACGCGACUAGCUUCACCAUGAAAUCGAACCAGGAUCCUCCAUUUAAAAUUGAUGUGAAUGCGUUUGUUCUGCCUCGAUUGACGUCCGAAUUACCGUCGCGAAAUCUUGUGGAGCUUGAAUUAGAACCAUUUAAGAUGCUACCUCUCGCUGAUCCGGAAUUUUAUCUCUCGGAUAGAGUCGACAUUUUGAUAGGAGCGGAUCUUUACGGACAAUUGUUACGAGCAGGUUUGACCAAAUUUCCUUCAAGCUCGCUAGUUGCGCAAAAUACUGCUCUCGGCUGGGUGAUAUCGGGUCCAAUGCAAAGAGUGCCGUCACGGCGGGCGGCAGCAAGCAAACGUGAGACCGUUGAAUCUUUGCGUUGUGUAGUUAGCAAUGGCUUACGUGAUGUGAUCGAACGUUUUUGGACAGUCGAAGAGGUUCCUGUCGCGCCUAAGAGUCUGAAGCCUCAGGAUGAAGUAUGCGAGAAACUUUUUGCCGAAACUCAUAAGCGUACUACUGACGGACGAUUUCAGGUUCGCCUACCCCUUAAUUCAGAGCCUCCACGAGUAGCCGAUGAGACGCGAAGAGUGGCCCUCGGUUCUUUGCAACAUCUAUUGCGUCGCUUUUCGCGCGAUCCUACAUUACAGCAGGCAUACACCGACUUUAUGGAAACGUACAUAAAGCUCGGUCAUAUGAUACCUGUACCAAGAUCGGAAAUUAAGAACUCGCGAGCGUGGUACCAUCCACAUUAUCCUGUUAUCACCGGUACUGCAGAAAAACCCAAGAUACGUGUUGUUUUCGAUGCCUCUCGUCGUACUCAUGAUAAGCACUGCUUGAACGAGCUUCUCAUGUCAGGGCCAGCUCUUCAGAGUGAUCUCUCGUUGAUCUUGUUGAAUUGGCGUCGGUAUAAAUAUGUUUUUACAGCUGAUAUUGUGAAAAUGUUCCGGCAAAUUCUUGUUGCUCGCGAAGAUCAGGAUUUGCAACGUAUCCUGUGGUCGCGUGCACCGGGAAGGCCUGCUAUGGAUUACCGCUUAACAACGGUCACGUACGGCACGGCCUGCGCGCCUUUUCUCGCGAUUCGUACACUGCUGCAAUUAGCAUCCGACGAAAAGACACGUUUUCCCCUCGGAGCGGCUUGUCUUGAGUCAAAUACGUACGUCGACGAUACGUUCGCGGGUGCAGAUGAUUUGCCGACGGCUGUGCGUAUACGUGACGAGUUUAUCGGCAUCUUGAAGUCCGCUGGCAUCGAGUUAGAUAAGUGGGCUGCAAAUCACCCGAAUCUAUUACCUUCAUUUAUCCUGUCGGGUGAAGUCGGCGCGAUUAAACAAAUCGACACUAACAGCGCAGUAAAAACGCUCGGUGUGCAUUGGAACCCGUCGAGCGAUGCCUUUAACUUUAGCGCGUCGAUCGUGAGCCGUUCAGAGAAAAAACUCACAAAAAGAUCGAUCUAUUCGGACAUCGCGCGGUUAUAUGACCCUCUUGGCUGGCUUGCUCCCGUGACGGUACUUGCAAAAAUUAUUAUGCAGGACUUAUGGAUUGAGAAGUGCGACUGGGAUGAGCCCUUGUCUGCCGAGAUCUGCGACCGCUGGCAGAGCUACUGCCAGUCACUCUCAACACUGCACACUCUCUCGAUUAAUGGUUGGCUUGGGUUGUUUGAUCAGAAACCAUUUGAGAUUCAUGGGUUUUCUGACGCAUCUUCACGUGCAUACGCCGCUGUCGUCUAUUUACGCAUCGAUAACGGUAACGGCAAUUAUCAUGUAUCGUUGCUAACAGCAAAAACGAAGGUUGCACUAGUUAAGACCGUCAGCAUUCCGAACCUUGAGUUGUGCGGUGCAACUCUUCUCGUUAAAUUAGUGGUACACUUGCAAAAACUGAAGUUUCUGCAAAACGUGCCAAUACGCCUAUGGUCCGACAGUCAAGUAGUACUUACUUGGCUCAAGAAGCACCCGUGUCAUUGGAAGACAUUUGUUGCCAACCGUGUUUCUUUAAUUCAAACCGAGUUACCUUCAGCGUUGUGGUCGCACGUACCCACAAAACAAAAUCCGGCUGAUCUUGCCACGCGAGGUGCGACGCCUGACGAAUUGCGAGCGAAUGACUUGUGGUGGACUGGUCCUAUGUGGCUAUUAUCUCCUUCUGAUAAAUGGCCCCAGCCUCAACAAUCGUUGCGUUCACUACAUACUCGGCCAAGCUCUGACGAACCAGUGUUGUUGGCGAGAUACUCGAGUCUUACGCGACUCGUACGUAUAACUGCAUGGUGUUUGCGACCAAUAUUGCAAAAGGUUCGACAGCGAGCAUCCCAAGUCUCUUAUCCUAAAUAUCUCACGCUUGCAGAUAUUGAUAAUGCGAGAACCGUGAUCGUGAGAGUAGCUCAAGCGCACGCGUUUUCGACGGAAAUCGAGUUACUACGAUCUCAUAAGACUCUACCUAAGCGCCAUUAUUUAUGCAAAUUACAGCCCUUUUUAGAUAAGGAUGGUAUUCUUCGCGUCGGAGGUCGCUUGAGUAAUACCAAUCUACCUCGCCAUUUACAAUAUCCGCCAAUUUUACCUCGUUCCUCAUCCCUUAGCCGACUCUUUGUGUCAUACGCGCACGAGCGAGCGUAUCAUGGUGGACCUACUCUAACGAUAAGUAUUCUGUUGCGAUUUGCGUGGAUUGUGAAUAUGCGAGCGUUGGUAAAAUCAGCGAUACACAAAUGUGUAAGAUGCCAGCGUCAUUCGCCUCGCUUGGCCCAUCAACUCAUGGGCGACCUACCAACGGAACGUGUGACCCCUGCUCGACCAUUUACCAACACUGGUCUGGAUUAUGCUGGUCCCUUCCAACUACGCGCAUCAAAGGGCCGUGGCCGAAUGAUCUACAAGGGCUACAUUGCGCUCUUUGUAUGUUUUGCUACAAAGGCAUUGCAUCUUGAAGUUGUGAGUGAUCUCACGACUACUUCAUUUCUCGCUGCCUAUCGACGCUUCGUAAGCAGAAGAGGACUCUGCAAGAAACUUUUCAGCGAUAAUGCUACAACCUUCCGUGGAGCUGACACCGAGCUUCGAAGCAUGUUCACAGCCGCCUCAAGCUUUUACAAGGAAGCCGCAAACUUACUACUCAACGAUGGAACAGAGUGGACAUUCAUCCCGCCUACAACUCCAUACUAUGGAGGACUAUGGGAGGCUGGAGUUAAGUCUACUAAGAAUCUGCUGAAAAAGUUGAGCUAUCAACAGUCCUGGCUGAGAUUGAAGCUUGCCUCAAUUCGCGCCCCUUGUGCCAACUGA